AUGCCGGCCCAGGCGUGGAUGAUGCUGCCCACGGCAUUCACCGGGCACUCAGUCUCCUUGGCUCCCCCUCCCACUGUCCCUGGGAGCAGCACGGACGACUCUGAGCGAACCUGCACAGUGACUCGCAGCUGCCCCUCACGCCACCCCGGGGGCGCCCGGCGAAUCCGAGGGCGAGGGAAGGUCACCGCCGGGCCGCCUGCGGCCACCGUCCGGGCCCGUCUUCCGGGUGCGGCGCGCCCACCCCGGGCCCCGCGCCUUUCCCCCCCGCGCCCACGGCGCCCUCGAAGGAGGGAAGCGUCCCCGCCGCCCGGCCCGCGCGCGCCCGGCAGGCCGUCGUCCCCCGCCCGCGACCCCACCCCGCCGCCCGCGCGCUCCCUCCCGGGCAGCCCCGCGCGCACCCCUCGGGGACCUGGCCCGGAGCCGGAGCUGCCCGUGCGCCCCGCGGCCCCGCGCGCCCCUCACCACGACCACCGGCCUGGCCCUCGGCGCCGCGGCUCUCCCGCCGUUGCUGCGACACCGGACACCCGACACCGGACACCGCUCCGCCCGCACCUGAGCCCGCCGGGCGGAGGAGCGUGGGGCCGACCGGCGGGACUCGGACCCGCGGGAACCCCCGCGCUCGCUGGCUCCUCCCGGCCCUUCCCGGCCGCCUCCAGCCUACGCGGGGCUGGGCCGCCCAGGGCCGUCGGGCGCCGAGGGAAGGGAAGGCGUGGGCCGAGCACGUCCCCGCCCGCCCCGCCCGUGGUCCAGGUCCGCCCGGGCCGCCCGCACCUGCGGCCGACGGGGCUCAUCCCUCCACGCGUGUCCCGCGGGCCGCGGCGGGUCCCGGCCGGGCGCCGGGCGUCCUGGCAGGAAGCCAGGACCAAGGAGGAGAAAGGCUGGAAAAGAUGA